AUGCAUCUCUCGACUACGAAAGGCUUCUUUUUGCAAGGCACGGCCUUCGUGCUCUGUUUGCUCCUGUCUGCAACUUUCUCGAGCUGUCGAGAUGAUGCCCAAGCGCCCUUGCAGGCUGAGUCGCCCAAUCCCCUAUUUCCAUCGCCGGCUGCGGCUACAGCAAAGAGGGUUGCAGUGAUUGGUGCCGGGUCUGCUGGUACUUCGACAGCCUACUAUCUGCGACAGUAUACCAAUUUCUUCUCCAUCCCACUCAACAUCACCGUUUAUGAGCGGGCCUCCUACGUUGGCGGUCGAUCUACCACCGUCAAUCUGUUCGACGACCCUUCCCAUCCAAUUGAACUUGGGGCAUCCAUCUUUGUCGAAGUGAACAAAAACCUUAUUGGAGCCUCGAAGAAAUUUGGCCUCAAAUUGAGAGAUGCAGACUUUGGACAGCCCAAGGAAUCCACCUACAGCUUGGGAGUCUGGGAUGGCAAAGAGUUCGCUUUUCUCCAAUCGCGAACAGACGCCUAUUGGUGGAACGUGUUCAAGCUGCUCUAUAGAUAUGGCUGGGCUCCUAUGAAGACACAGAAUCUCAUGAAGGAGACAGUCAACAAGUUUUUGAAGCUCUACAAGUUCCCCUAUUUUCCCUUUCAGUCCUUAUCCGACGUGGCAGUGAGCACCGGGCUUGCUGAAGCAGCCUGGACUUCUGGCGCGGAAUACUUGAAAGAUAAUGGUAUAGCAGAACUAUUUGCCAGGGAGAUUAUCCAGGCCAGUACACGAGUGAAUUAUGGCCAGAACCUGGGCUUGAUCCAUGGCCUCGAGACAAUGGUAUGCAUGGCGACUGAUGGAGCUGUCGCUGUGGAAGGGGGCAACUGGCAAAUUUUCCAGUCCAUGCUCAACGCGUCGAAGGCAACACUUUCGGACAAUAAUACAUACACCGUCAGCUAUCAGGACGCAGGCGGCGAUGGUGGUAAUAGUUUUUCUGUCGAGCAAGAAACAUUUGAUCAUGUCGUCAUCGCUAACCCAUUUCAAUUCUCGAAUAUCUCUUUGUCUCCCCCACCAAAACGGCCGCUUCAUUCUCCGCGCUACGUUGACCUGCACGUCACCAUUUUUGCCUCCCCCUAUAAACUCUCACCGGAAUAUUUCAAAAUGCCCAGCGGCUCCUCAGUCCCCGAAGCUGUUCUCACAACAUUGCCCGCCAACGUCAAAUUAGGCGCCCGCACUGAUGGUGUCGGCCCGGCUCAAUUCUGGAGCAUCAGCACGCUGAAAAAGGAUGGCAUUUCAGGUGGCUCUUAUUAUGUAUACAAGGUUUUCUCGCCAAAGCCGCUGAAGGCAAAUUUUGUAUCUGACAUUCUCGGAAUCGACGAGGCACGUAUGUUCGACAACAGCAGUAGCAGCAGCAGCGGCAGUGAAACCAGCUAUACUGCGGACCAGCGCAUAGCGGAUAUCUCCAAGUCUCACAUCAGCUGGUACUAUGAGAAAGUGUGGCAGUCGUACCCAUACCUGUACCCGCGGGUGACGUUUGAAGAUAUAAAACUGGCGCCUAAUCUAUGGUAUACCAACGGGAUGGAGAGCUUUAUAUCGACGAUGGAGACUAGUUCGUUAUCUGGGAUGAAUGUUGCCGGGUUGAUAUUGUCUGAGUGGGUUUCAAAGUUUGAGACGAAGCUGAAGAAGUUCGAGGACGGCCUUGGGCUCUAA